AUGCCUGAAUCCUUCCGAUAUGACUCCAAUCCUUCUCCUAAGAAUGGAUACCACUUUGCCACGUUGAUGAAUGGUUACAGCAAUGGCUUUAACUCUGGUGCCUCUUUGAACGGCUACCGUGCAGAGUACAACCUGAAUACAACCUGCAAUGGGUUUUACAGCACAUUAAAAAGCGACACAAGACCCGAGAAGACAGUAGGACAUGGCAGACCGAAGAUUCCCUCGCAAUCCUCUAGGAUACGUUCGUUUAGUGAUUCAUCUUCUUCAAACCAUUACCGGGCGAUCUAUAGCAGAAAGGUAGGUUGUUGUUUUGUCGGUUUGAGGCUUUAAGCAUUUAGGAUUUCUCUCAUUUGAGCGAUUUAAAACCAAAUUCUAAUUAAAACUACGGUCAUUGAGGUUGCUUUCGAAUAACAAUCUGUAUGUGGAGCGUUUUCACAUGACUUCACAGCGGCCAUAUUGGUGCUUCAAAACAACGAAACAGCGGCCAUGUUGGCGUUCCAAACCACCCUUGUGGGAGUUGAACUCUUUUCUUAUGUGAACACUUGCUUUUGUUGUAAUAAAUUUGAAUAGAUGCUGGCCAUGUAAGUGAAAACGGUCUAUUACAUAGGCUUUCCUUAGGUUAGCGCUGUGUUGGGAGUACGGACUUUAAACGCGGGGUGCUGGAGACGAGAGAGUCGAGCAGCGCGGCGAGCGGGGAUGAUGGGAACGAGCGCAGAUCACGCGCAGUCCUUUUUUGUCUUAUUACUUCCCCAAAAUAAGCGAUCACGAGCAACAGGAUCAGGAAUAUAUCAUAUGAAUCGCCUGUAAAUCAUAUUAAUAUGGAUUUUCUUUUCUGUAGGGGUGACAUUUAGUCCUUUAAUUUAGACAAACGAUGAAAGUCGUUCAAAGAAAAGUUAUUAUUGUCAGGGAUUUACUUCAGAGUACAACUUUAGCGACUUUACAUAUAAAAGAGAGAGAGAGAUUUAAAUUAAGAUUUAGUUUAUAGGGAUAUGUAUCCUAACCUUCACUUGUUAACGUUCACGUUUAGGCACCAGAACAUAAGAAGACGCCUGUGCUGCCCCUGCAUUCUGAAGCCUCAGUGAACACAAGUGAUUCUUCAUUUACCCAGGAGGAAAUGGUAAACGGUGUAAUUUGGAUGAGAUCAUCGUCUAGGGCUAUGUUUGAUGACAGAGACUUACUUUGUCAAAGCUCAGUAAGUCCACCAGCAUCUAUUUCUCAUAUCUCUUCAGUUGGAACAGUUGAUCAGUACCAGAGAAAUGGCCGAAGCAGGUCCUUUCCUGAAUCGAAACAGGGCACGGAACACCAUUUUCGGGAAAGAAUACCAAGACCGAGGACCAAUCCCGAAAAUUGUGUCCGACACUUCCAGGUAGCGGGUGAGAGUAAACACGAAUCUAAAUUCUGUUUCAAUGGAUGGAAUCACAACUUUUUUAGUCCAUCAGAAACAUCUUUGAAUGAUGAGCCUAGUUUGGACGACAUGAAAAUUAUUUGGCUUACCCUGCAAAAUAAUGGACCCAUGACAAGUUCUGAAAUUAUGGCAUCCGUCGGGCCGGAAACAAAAGGCCAAGUAAACAAUUGUCUCUAUCAACUAAACAGAAAAGGGAUUGUACACAUCAGUAAUGGAAACCCACCUCUUUGGAAUAUCUGUCAGCGGUGUCCUCAUCAGAGCAAUGGCGGACCGGGUGUGAUUGGCGCAGAAAGAAAACAAGAUAAAUUGUUCAGGCUUAGAGGCAACUACGAAGACAUACCUGAACGUCCUCGAAGGCAUUCAUUUAAUGCGUCCGAAAACAGACCACGCAAAGGAACGCAGGCUGUAGAUAAUUUGAGGCCGUGGGUGAAAACCAAUGGCAGCUUCUCCAGUCCUGGUGAAAGAAAUGCAUCGCACUAUUGUAAAUUGUGUCGAAUUCCAAUCAUAUCCGAGGCGCAGUUCGAAGAGCAUCUAAGAAGCACAAAACAUCAAAACAAAAUUGCUAAGAUCAAUGCAGUUCCCUACAAGAAGUUUUGUGAAUAUUGCAAGGUGCAUCUUAAUUCUGAAUCACAGGCCAAGGAACAUUUCAGCAGUGGUAGACAUGAACAGACAGUGGCAAAGUCCCAAAAAGCACCGCCUAAGCCGCAUUUGCCAUUAAUCACCACCUCAGACGAAGAAACCUUGCAAAGCGAAACAAAAUCAAAGCCUUACAGGUAUCAGUUUGAGUUGUACAGCAAGGCAAUGAGGACCAACGCGGUUUUCUUCCUUCCCAGCGGAAGUGGAAACGCACUAGUAGCGGCGCUGGUUAUUGAGCGGAUGCUCAUGUUGAAUCCAUCUCGCCAAGUUAUUUUCCUUGUUGAUCGAGUUCUUCUCGUACUACAGCAAAGUGAUUACCUAAGAAAGGAGUUGGCGCAUGUUCGAAUGCCAGACGAGGACAGUUCUAACUCUUUUAACGGUACUCGGCCUAUUCGCAUUGGUGCCGUUUGCGGCGAGAUGAGAAAACUGGAAGGAAAUGCAAGAGUCUAUGAGCAAGAUGUACUUAUCAUUACAGCCGAUUGCUACAGAAAUCAUCUAAACAACGGAACACUUCGAUUUGAGGAUGUCUCGCUGAUAGUUCUCGAUGAAGCUCAUCAUUGUAACAAAGACCAUCCUUACAACGUCAUCAUACGGGACUUCUAUUUUCGAGAGGACGAUUUACUGGGGCACCGACCUAAAGUCCUGGGAAUGACUGCCUCGCCAGCCGGGGAGAUUUCCCUGGAUAAAACAACGAAGAAAUUACAACGACUUCUGGGAAACUUGGGCGACGCUAAGCUUUUGACAGUGACAGAGUGGGUCGAGGAAUUGGAAGAAAAAACAAGUAAGGCCUCACCUGAAUGUAUCUCAACUUCAUACACACAUUCCGAGAAAAAGCUGAUGGAGAUUUUAAUGGAGUACAUUACUAAGGCUUUCAAUUUAGCUGUACGACUGAGUGAGAUGAAGGAUUACAAAGACAUCUUCCAGCCUUCAUCUGGUGGCCUCUUCAGCAUCGAUGAUAUCCACCCUGUUCUUCGUGUCAUAGACAAUAUUGUUUGUUCGCGCCCAGAAUCGAAUGCCUUAAGCUCACUGCUCCAUUUUCAACUCGUAUGCGAGACGGUUUGCGCGCUCCUUGAGUGUGGAGAGAAAAUAGCGUUGAAUCACUUACAGGAACUAACCGUUGAAGGGUGUCCCCAUGGAUUCCACUGGGCAGAAAAGAUGGGGCUGGAUUGCAGCAAAAUCUGGAUGCAUUUGGAAGCUAUUAUGACCCAGAGUAAGUUUCAUUCUUCUAAUCAUUUGCGGGUUUACAUGUAAGGACUAAUAUUGUUACAUAAGUAAUAGUACAAUUCGGUAAGUAAGAAGAAUUAAAAGAUUAAGCUACUAGCCUGGAAGAGAGGCUACUAGCCUAAUUUUUGAAGAGAGCGACAAUUGAAUAUCUUGCGAAUUUGGUCAUCUGUUGGUGGGAAUCUCAGUUUCAUGGUAGAGAAACCCCUUCUAAGACCAAUAUUCGUUAAGAGACUGUGUUACACAAUGGCAAUUAAUGGCUAAUAAUAACAGAACAAUUACUGCCACAGCAAUAAAAAGAAGGACAAUUCGUCAUCGUUAGUUAACUUUAGGAACUAAUCCGUGAAGCGUUUCUGCUACGUAAAUAUGAAUGAACGUAAAAAUGCUAAGAUACUAUUUCAUUUUAACAAGGUGCAUCAUGGGAUUCAGAAUUUGAUGACUUUGCUUCGGGUGUAGACGAACUUAUCAAGCUUUUGUUAAAGAGUAACUGGUCCGGGCCAUGUAGCUGGAUCAACGGUUGUGUUUUGGUUCUGGUCAAUCGCCGUCGUACUGCUCGGUACCUGGCACAAUGCUUGUCGAACUGUCGAGAGCUCUUAAUGAACAAUGUUCACACCACGUGUCUUGUUGGCUAUGGUCACGAACCACAUGAAGAAGGUAAGGCUGCUCGGUUUGAUGGCUUUGUGAUUACGCCAAAAGAUUUUUUUUUUCAUGUAAUGAGGAAGGGUAGGGCCGGUAGGAGGGCAGGGGUUUGGGAAUUCGGGAGAAUAGGGGGCGGGAGGGGUACUGGAGACGAGACCGGAAAGGGUGGGAGAUGAUAGUUCUAAAAGGGCAGGAAGAGGGAGAAACAGAGGGAAAUUAUGUAACAAUGGCUAAUAUUUCGCAAUCGAAAAAGGGAUGAAGGGAGGAUACCAAGAAAAAAGGGGCGGGAGUUGGGAAUGCAAGGCACAUAAGGCGGGAGGUUUGGAACCCCCUGUUCCCAGACUCCAUUCCCCAUUAGGGCUGGGGAUGCUGAAUGAAAAAACAAUAGAAGUUUUGAAAACAGUGACUCAUUUCUCCUGCUCAUUUCACGCAUUUAAAGGUCAGGUCUUUCUCAACCUAACAAGAUACGCUAUCCUACAGAGGCGAGAACACUUUACCAUCGUCAGACUUUAAGAGAGAUCACUAGAUUUACCCUCCCUAACUUUAGCACGUUGUAUUAACUGCAAAAACAAUCGUCAGGAACAGUGCGGCAAAGUUAUCUUGUAAGGUCUGUAAAUAAUCGCUUCGCGUGGCUUUGAUUCUGCGAUGGAGUGGUGAAGGGUUAUAAAAUGUUAUUAAUGUAAAAGUUUCUAUUUAAUUUUCUUUUUGUCUUUUUUUUUUAGUUUCGGAACUGGCAAUCCUUAAGCAGAGGGAGUUAAUAUCUCAAAUUGGCGACGGAUAUUGCCAAGUUGUCGUAGCCACAAAUGUGUCCGAGGAGGGCCUGGAUCUACCAGGAUGUCAGCUGGUAGUUGUUAUGAAUCCCUCAGGCUCAACCCAGGCUCUCGAGCAUAUGCGCAGCCGAUCGCGACUCAAGGAUGCCAGGUUUGUGUCCAUCUGUAGAAACGAUGACCAAGCCAAGAAAAUUGAAGAUUUACUGAAACGCGAAGAGAAUAUGAAGCGUGCUGCGCGAAUGAUCAAUGGAAUGUAA